AGAAAUUCGUCCAGAAUGAGUGAGCGAAAGGGAACCAAAGGCUUGGAAUUGUGGUGUAGAAAAAUGACCGAAGGAUACCCAGGAGUCAAAAUAGACAAUAUGACCACUUCUUGGAGGGACGGGCUAGCCUUUUGUGCCAUUAUACAUCAUUUCAGACCAGAUCUCAUUGACUUUGCCAAAUUAAACAAAGACGACGUAUACCAUAACAACGAAUUAGCCUUCAGAGUUGCAGAACAGUACCUUGGGAUUCCAGCCCUUUUGGAACCAGAAGACAUGGUGGAGUAUUCAGUGCCGGAUCGUCUAUCGAUACUGACGUACUUGUCACAAUUUUACCAGACUUUUGCUGUGAGACAAGGUUCUUCACCAGCAAGAGUUGCACCAAAAAGACCACAAACUUCACCAGAUCAUGGUAUAGUAUCGCCUGCUUCAACUAGUCCUCCUACCAAGGUGGCACUGACUAGCGUAGGAAGAGUCCGUAGAGAACCCUGCGCUAAAUGCGGUCUUCCAGUAUUCUUGGCGGAACGCCUGAACGUAGGAAAACUUCUUUUUCAUCGCACGUGUUUUCGCUGUGCUCGCUGCGACAGUCCACUCACUCUGGCCAACUACUACGAGACGGAAAACGCAGAAUAUUGCUGCGAAAUUUGUCCGGACGAAGAUAAAGUAGUGUCCAAAGAUCCCAACGAGAAGUCGCUCUUGCAGAAAUCUUUGAGCGACGAAGAAAAAUCAGCUAGUUUGUCGACGUUCAGUAACGAGCCGGAUGCUUUCAGUACAGAUUUCGAAACUGCUUUAGACUCGAUUGAAAACCUUUCGAAGAACACUGAAUUUACCCAAGCUAGAUCCAGAUUUUUCCAAACCCAGUUCGAAACUAGCGAUUCCGGACAAGAAGAAGAAAAACCCCCUGAUAUUCCCAAAACAUUACCCCCUAAGUUGGAUGAGAGUGAAAAGAUUGAACCAGCGUUGAAAACAGUGCACUCAGACAGUGGUUUUCCUAACCUUGUAAAUAGUAGCGAUAAGAUUAGCGAUAGUAACCAUGGUAGUUCUAGUAUUGAACUGCGGAAAUCUCGAAAUAUUGUUACCAAAGAUGAACCGCACGAGGUUGACACCUCAUUGGUCAAAGCUCGCAUGCGGUUAUUCGAAAAUAAUAAUGUUAAGUCUGAUGUAAAUAGAGUUUCGCUAAGUAGUGAAGUGCCUAAAGCUAAAUCUCCUAGCACAACCAUUCCAAUUGUAAGAAUAGAAGAACUGGAGAACUUCGAUGAUGGUAGUUGUGAUAGAAAAGUAAAUAAUAAUACUAACCAGGAUAUUGACUCACCUUCCAACAAAAGCACUUUGAAGCACAGCAUGAAUGGUGACGUAAGCCUAGAGGAACCUUCAAUAGCUCAUAUAGCACAAGGUUCCAGUGUCGAAGACAUAAAAGGAGAGAUAAUUCAAGAUAUUUCAGAAGCUGGAGUAAAAGAAGAAGAUGAAAGAAAUGUAGUUGAAAAUAUAGUUUCAAAGGAACGUCCUCAUUUGAACUCAAAUGAAAUUAUCGAACUGAAAGAAGAUACACAUAAUAUUGAGGAAGAUUUAGCUCCUGAUAAACUGCCUCAUGAGAACUCAACUGAUAAAUUCAUUGAACUGUCUAAUGACAAUAUAAAUGUAUGUGAUAUUAAUGAAACGAAGGACUUCUUUUCAACACCCUAUACAACUCCUAACACUUCUGACGAAGUUAUUGUAAUUUCUGAUGAUAGUCCAAUACUCAUAGAAGAUUCGCCUGUUGUAGAUCAGCAGAUUUCUGUAGUCGAUGAGGCUGAAGAAAGUUUCCAGACGAACUCAGAAAUUAAUCAUUCAGUAGAAAGCAAAGUUGAUUCACUUCUUACGUCUGACGUUAAGAGUUCUGAACACAGUACAGCAGAUGAGUAUCCCGAUGAUUUGAAUCCAUUUGGAGAUGACGAUGAGCAAAAGUCUCAGCAACAGUCUCUAAACCCGUUUGGCAGUGACAGUGAAGAAGAAAAUUCAGUACCGUUAAGACCUGUAGCUAGCCCCAGAUUAAAAAAGAAGAUUCAACCCCAUUCCUUCGAUAAAGAACAUCUGAACAGUCUGCGGAUAGAGAGGGUAAGCGUGAAUCCGUUUGGUAGUGAUGACGAGGAUGGCGGUAUGGUUGAAAUGAAGCCUCCCAAACCUGUGGCCAGGCACAAAAAGGUUAUAUCUGCGCCGAAGAUCAGUUUGAAUCCAUUCUGGAGUGAUGAGGAGAAUGAAGAACCUGAGAAGCAGCCAGUGCCAAAACCGAGAACUUCAAGGACUUCAGUGGGAGCUCCCGAGCCCAGGCCUAGGGAUGCGGGAGGAUAUUCUUCGUUGACGACGAAGACGAAUUUCGGUUCCAACUCGUCGAUAUCGAGCGGUAGUGCGUACGGAAGUGCUAGGAAGAAGAAACCGGCUCCCAGGCCUCCCAUUCCGACCAGGUUCGACGAUUCUGGGCCCGGUUCGCUGACUUCGAGUCCUAGUCACAGUUUGCACCCAUCGCCCCGGUCGACCCCGAGAAGCGUGCCGAAGAAGCGAGCCCCGCCGCCCCCCACUUUCUCCUCCACCCCGGACCCCAGCAGUCGGGGCUUGCCGAAGCUGGCCGUCGUGCCGUCGCCCAUCGAGCUGGAGGACCCCUCGCUAUCGGACCCGGUCAGAGGGGAUGUUUCGUCCGUCGAGAAGCUCGUCAAGGACGAGGCCAACAGGAACAAGCAGAAUGUUCAGAGAAAUUCACCUCCUGAUGGAUCCCCGAUAUUAUCGACCCCCAACAAGAGCACCUAUGGCAGAUGGAAGCGCAGAAAGGGCCAAGCUCCCCCAAAACCCAUCCCUCAGAAGAGGACCAUCAAGGUCCUGCCCAUGGCCGAGAUCCGCCGCGAACUGGACCUCAUCGAGGCACAGCAGCAAGGCUUGGAGAAACAGGGGGUGCGCUUGGAGCAGAUCAUCAGGGAGAAGUGCGAGGGUGAAGGAGAUGACAUCAUUGAUAAUGAUAUUCCUAUCGAUGUAGAAGACCUGAUCCUACAACUUUUUGAGUUGGUCAAUGAGAAGAAUGAACUAUUCAGGAAGCAGACCGAACUUAUGUACAUUCGAAGGCAACAAAGAUUAGAAGAGGAACACGCCGACGUGGAAUAUCAGAUAAGGUGUCUCAUGCUACAACCAGAAGCUAACAAAACUGAUUCUGACAAGGCACGAGAGGAAGAAUUAAUUAAACGACUGAUUGAUAUUGUGGAAAGGAGGAACGAGAUCGUGGAGUGCUUAGAAAUGGACAGGGUUAGAGAGGCAGAAGAGGAUGAUAGCAUCAAUAUUCACAUUAAUCUCUUCACGUCCAAUAGAGAUGGAGAAAAAACAGUUCCUGAGGAUUCCCAGGUAGAAAUCGAUAAAGACAAUAAGGAGAAGAAGAAACACAAGAAAGAUAAGAAGUUCAAGAUAAAGUCAAAAUCUAAAAUUGACAUGGAUAAGGAUGUGGAUGAGAGUGAAUCUUUUUCCACGCUAGAGAAGAAGAAAAAGAAGAAGUUCAAUUUAUUUUGAUUUGUUAUUCUGAGAGCCAUUACUUAAUUAAUUUCAAAUGUUAUGAAAGCUGUGCUUCAUUUAUUUUUUAUUUGGUACUAUAAGAUAUAUUUUUUGUACUUCUGUUACUUAUACUCUUGUGAUUUAUAUUGUUAUAAUGUAUAAUAGGAUUAAAUAAGUUUGAUUUUUGAC